AGGUCAUUUUGGAUUGUGUUUCUUUACAGACGUUAUUUCAGGUUGCGCAAAAUGGAUUCGUCAUGCUAGGUAGUAUAUGUCUUUAGACUAUAAGUUUAAUUGUCAGGCUCGUUGUAGCUCUCUUAUCAAAGCUAAUGUCGUCUUUUUUUCAGUCACAGUCCCCACCGUCCCCCAGCGGUUCUAAGGACGCUUCUGACAACAUCUGGCACGCGGGCGCCGGGGCGGGUGGUAUUGACUUCGACAACGCGACUGCUUCGUCGUCCUCUGCAACAACAGCGGCCUCUCGCGGCUACCCCACACAAUUCUCUUCUACUACUGGAAGUACAGGUGUUGCGCAGCAGGCAACAGGAGCAAUAACUACAACAAACAGUUUCAACUACGACCAGCCCCGUAGAAGUGGUCCCUCUGAAGAAGAUCUUCGUGCAGCUGGUGGCCCGACAUGGUUCGACCUGCGCAUCGUCGAGCACAACCGGCGCAUGCUGAUGCAAAACGGACAGUACCGAGACCCACAAACCAGCGAGUGGCUGCAGCUGUACCAGCGGCACCCUACGUAUGGAUGUGUCAGGUUUGAAAUCGUCAAAGUUGAAAUAGUUUGCCAUGCAUAAAACGGAUACCAGUCAGACCUACAGUUUGUAGUCGGCGCAUGACAAAUUUUCCCGGUCCUGGAAGCGAGUCUGUCAUGCGGUUUAGGGCAAAAGAGCUGCCUUCUGUCAUGCUAGUUAGCAGUCCAACUUUUGACCCUUACCAGGACUAUAAUCUGCCUCCCGUGGGUCCUCUGCAAUAGAGUCACUUUUCGUGUCGCAUUUUAUGCAUGGCAAAUCAUUUCAACUCUGACGAUUUCAAACCUGACGCUCCCAUACCACGUUCGGGUCGGUGCUGCAGCCCAAAUGGAGCGGAAGGAGCGACGGCGGGGGCCCCGGCCCCUUCCCGAAACCGCCCCAGGGGGACUUCGGAUAUCCGCACGAGCAGGCGAACCGGGAGAUGCGCGCCCUGAUUCCGGUGGAGCGCGUGCGGUUGCCACCGCCGGGGGAGCAGAAUCCCGCAGCCUGUGUGGUCGGCGGGAUUCUACCUGCCAUUCUCGUCGGCGCGGUUGCCACCGCGCUGAGCCCCAAUGUGAAUUUCAUGCCGGGGUCGGUGAGGCUAGAGCGGUUUCGCAACUUCGCCGGGCUAUUUUACCUCUACACUUUGCUCCAGUGCCCGUUCCGGGUGGUGCGGGCGCACAACGUCGCCCGGAUCGACUCGCUCACCGACCACAUGAUUGCCGGCGGGACCGUCGGCGCCCUGGCCGUGCACCACAAACGAUUAGGCAUGCCGAUGAUGAUAUCACAUGCAGCAGAAGUAGCGGACUUGUAGACACUACGUAAAAAAUUGCGAUUGUGCAACAUAAUUGCAACUGACUUUUCUGACGAGCUAAAUUGGCAUGCCAAAUCUCAUUGGUCGCACUGAGCAUCUAAUGUUGCUAUUUAAGUAUAGCCAUACUUCUGCAAUUCAUAGAUAAAGGAAAUCGACGUGGACCUGCUCUUGCAGCGCUACCCCAGGUUUUCCCGACCGCAGGUGGCGUUUUUUGUCUACGGCCACUGUGCAGCCUUUCUGCACGCCCUCGCUCUGUUUUUCUCGGGACAGUUUAAACACUGACACGACUGAAGGGGCAGGCUCCUGAUGACGAGAUGAAUGGAAUGCGGGAAUGAAGAUCAUGAAGACUUGAUGGCACGAUUAGCAGCUGCAGGUGUUUCCUUUCAUUGCCUAAUUGAUUGAAUUACAGUCAGGCUAGACAGGGCAAAGAAGUUUCUGUUUCUAGAACAAAUGUUUCAGGGCCGCGCAAGACUGACUUUCCAACAGGUUCGAUCUUGUUUUACUUUUCACAUCGAGUGACGUUUUUCAG